UCUACGAAUUAUGCUACAAAAAUUCAAACAUCUCUCACCUCUCCUCUUCUACGCACGUUAGCCAUGGACCUUAUGCACCAUUCCUCCACUUUCCUCCUCCCCUCCAUUCCCGUCGACAGCCACCGCCCUCCUCUAACAUACGCCCUUGUGGUUCUUAACCAGAGCCUCCCCAGAUUCACUCCUCUGCUUUGGCAGCAAGCCCGGCUUCACCUCUGUGCUGAUGGUGGCGCCAACCGUCUAUUCGAUGAAAUGCCUCUGUUCUUCCCUAAGGAAAAUGCUUCCGAUGUUCGACGCAGAUACAAACCGGAUGCAAUUAAAGGAGAUAUGGACUCUAUACGAAAGGAUGUACUUGAUUUUUACAAGAGCAUAGGAACAAAGAUUAUUGACAAAUCUCAUGAUCAAGACACCACAGAUCUACAUAAAUGCAUAACAUACAUUCGGGACUCCUCUUCGGAUGUGAACAAAUCUAAUCUUUGCAUUCUUGUUGCUGGAGCCCUUGGUGGACGAUUUGACCAUGAGAUCGGAAACCUAAAUGUCCUGUAUUGUUUCUCAUCCCUGCGAAUAGUCCUUUUAUCCAAUGACAGUCUCGUCUACCUUCUUCCUAGGACUCACCGUCACGAGAUACAUAUUCAAACUUCUGUCGAGGGACCACACUGUGGACUCAUCCCACUCGGGAUGCCGUCAAGUAGUAGUACUACAACUGGGCUUCAAUGGAAUCUGAAUAAUACGGAGAUGAAAUUCGGUGGUUUAGUAAGCACGUCGAAUGUAAUCGAAGGAGAGAAAGUCACGGUGCAAUCGGAUUCCAAUCUUCUUUGGACCAUCUCCAUUAAGAAGUUGUAGUCUGAAUUUGCAUUUCUCUGAGUUUUCCCAGGCUGCAGGUUUCUCUAUUUUCUGAAUCUAAUUCACUUUGGUCCCAUUCUGAUUCUUGUGUCUAUAAAAUAUGUUUGGAUGGUUUCUCUAUUUUUUAUGUUACGUGGAUUUGGGUUUAAGUGUUGGGUA